UGCAACAUUUUGUCCAACUUGUUCGCCUCUUCACUGCACAUUCUUCAACUCUGGAAUGUUUUCACGUCUGGCCGUCUGUGGGGGAAAAGCACCGAAGAGAGGGAAUAUCUGUCACUUUGCAUUUCAUUCGCGCUGCUUUCCGCGGCUAAUUACACUCUUUUUAAAAGGCACGCACGCACACGCAGUGUGGGGACAGCAGCGGAUUGUCUUCCCCCCCCCGGAAUUGGAUUUGUAGAGGACUCCUAUGAUGCCAUGGACCUCUGAAAGAGGAGCGACAUGUGUGUGUCUUGGUAAAAAGUAUUUGAAAAGUUGAUUUUUAUUUUAUUUUGUAAAGCAUUUAAGCGACGGGCAACAGGACUUUGUAAUCAAUGUGGAGUCAGCUGGAAGGACGCGGGGUCCGGAUCUCACCUCAACGCUGAUACGUCUUGGGAGUGAUGCACUGGCUUCCCCUGGUUGCCAUGGUGAUCGCCUCGGCUCUGCCCUUCCCUCACAAGCCCUUGUCCAGGAGCGCCGCCGCCGCCAGCGUGGAGCCCGGCUUCAGAGAGGACGACGACAACAUGGCCGCCACCCACAGCCGGGAACACCUCAGGAACCUUACAGCUUUCCGUUUGGACCCCAGGGUCAGUUUGGGGGUUCCUGAGAAAAAAGGUCUCCCAAAGAACAGACACCAACAAGACCGCUUCAGUCUGGUGGACAGUUUUCGGGACUCCAGACCCACACAAGCUUCUGUGCUCGAAACCCAAAUAGGUGAAAGUCCUGCUGCGGGUCCCAGGAGUUCCAGACGAGGGGCGCCGACUGUUCCCUCGGAGCAGCUCAGGAACGGGGCCACACUGGCUGAGGGCACCUUGGGGGCGAGCCCGGGAACUGCACUGGACACCGUCUUGGAAGGGGACGACAUGUUUCUGGACGCGCACCCACGCGUCCUGUUCUCGCCCUCGGGGUCGCCGCCCGAGGACCCGCCUCUGCUCCUCAUGCUGGAGACCGGCCUGCUGGAGGAGGACUCGGACGAGCCGGAGGAGCCCGACGCGCACAUCGAGGGUCACGGGGACCGAGCAAUCGAAAGGAGCCUGAGUUGGGCCAACGCCUCGGGGUUUACGGCCGACGCAGCCCGCCCCGUCAGGAGGGACAAGCGCUCGCAUUUGAUGGACAGGCGGCGCGGGGAGAAGUCGGUGUGCGAGUCGGAGAGCGUCUGGGUCACCGACAAGAAGACGGCCGUCGACUCGCACGGCCAGACGGUCACCAUCUUGCAGGAUAUCCAGACCCAGACGGGGCCGCUCAAACAGUACUUCUACGAGACGCGGUGCCGCCAGGCGGAGCAGCAGCAGAGCGCCGCCGGACGCCCGCCAGGGGCCAAGGGGCCACUCUCUCAGCCCACGGGCGUGGCCGGCGCCGGCUGCUUGGGCGUGGACAAAAAGCAGUGGGUGAGCGAGUGCAAGGCCAAGACGUCGUUCGUGCGCGCCCUCACCAAGGACGCCAACAACCGGACGGGGUGGAGGUGGAUCCGCAUCAACUCGUCCUGCGUGUGCGUGCUGCUGUCGAGAGCCAAUCAGAUACUGGGGAGGGAGGUCCUGGCAAGGAGGGGGCGGGGCUAAAGAAUCAAAAACCUCAAAGACUCUUUUUGUACGAUUACUCUUUCAUCAUCUAAGUUAUUAGUACGUACGCAUGAUAUUAAUAUAUUCCUCCAUGUACGAUAUACGUGUAUGUAUGGAGCUUGUAUAUUUAUAGAAGAGUGGCGCCUCCUACUGGAGGUCCACAGUAGUGCUCCACGCCACACCUU